UCAACCUCUUGGUAUGCCUGUCCUGGAAGGGUCCGUGGGGGUGGAGGACCUUGUCCUCCUGGAACCCCUGGAUGAGGAUUCUCUGAUCAAGAACCUCCAGCUUCGAUACGAAAACAAGGAGAUUUAUACCUACAUUGGGAACGUGGUGAUCUCAGUGAAUCCCUACCAGCCGCUUCCCAUCUACGGCCCAGAGUUCAUUGCCAAAUACCAGGAUUACACCUUCUAUGAGCUGAAACCCCACAUCUAUGCUUUGGCGAACGUGGCCUACCAAUCACUGAGGGACCGGGACCGGGACCAGUGUAUCCUCAUCACCGGAGAGAGCGGAGCUGGGAAGACAGAGGCCAGUAAGCUGGUGAUGUCCUACGUGGCUGCCGUCUGUGGGAAAGGCGAGCAGGUGAACUCAGUGAAGGAGCAGCUGCUUCAGUCAAACCCAGUGCUGGAGGCAUUCGGCAAUGCCAAGACCAUUCGCAAUGACAACUCCUCUCGAUUUGGAAAAUACAUGGAUGUUGAGUUUGACUUCAAAGGGUCCCCCCUUGGUGGUGUCAUCACAAACUAUCUGCUGGAGAAAUCCCGAGUGGUGAAGCAGCUCAAAGGAGAAAGGAACUUCCAUAUCUUCUACCAGCUCCUGGCCGGAGCAGACGCGCAGCUGCUGAGGGCCCUGAAGCUUGAGCAGGAUGCAAGUCACUACACCUACCUGAAUGGGGAUGUGUCCAGAGUGUGUGGCAUGGAUGACGCCUCCAACUUCAGGGCUGCACAGAGUGCCAUGUCAGUGAUUGGGUUCUCGGAGGAUGAGAUCAGGCAAGUGCUGGAGGUGACUGCUCUGGUGCUGAAGCUGGGGAAUGUGAAGCUGACAGAUGAGUUCCAGUCCAACGGGAUACCAGCAAGCGGCAUCUCUGACGGGAAAGAUAUCCGGGAGAUUGGGGAGAUGAUGGGUUUGAGUUCGGUGGAACUAGACAGAGCUUUGUGCUCGAGAACCAUGGAGACAGCCAAAGAAAAGGUGGUCACGGCACUGAAUGUCACGCAGGCUCAAUACGCUCGGGAUGCCCUGGCUAAGAAUGUUUACAGCCGCCUCUUUGACUGGAUAGUGAAUCGCAUCAAUGAGAGCAUCAAGGUGGACACCGAGGAAAAAAGAAAGGUUAUGGGAGUCCUGGAUAUCUAUGGAUUUGAGAUACUGGAGGAUAAUAGCUUCGAGCAGUUCGUGAUCAACUACUGCAACGAGAAACUACAGCAGGUGUUCAUAGAGCUGACCUUGAAGGAGGAACAAGAGGAGUAUAAGAGAGAGGGCAUUCCGUGGACAAAGGUGGAGUACUUUGACAACGGCAUCAUCUGUAACCUCAUUGAGCACAGUCAGCGAGGCAUCCUGGCCAUGCUGGACGAGGAGUGCCUGAGGCCUGGGGUGGUCAGCGACUCAACUUUCCUAGCAAAGCUGAACCAGCUGUUCUCAAAGCACAGUCAUUACGAGAGCAAAGUCACCCAGAAUGCCCAGCGCCAGUACGACCACACCAUGGGCCUCAGCUGCUUCCGAAUCUGCCACUAUGCGGGCAAGGUGACGUACAACGUAACCGGCUUCAUCGACAAGAAUAACGACCUGCUCUUCCGAGACCUAUCCCAGACAAUGUGGAAGGCCCAGCAUCCCCUCCUUCGAUCCUUGUUCCCAGAGGGUAAUCCCAAGGAAGCAUCUCUCAAACGUCCCCCCACCGCUGGGACCCAGUUUAAGAAUUCGGUGGCCAUACUCAUGAAGAACCUGUAUUCUAAGAACCCCAACUACAUCAGGUGCAUAAAGCCUAACGACCAGCAACAGAAAGGGCGGUUCUCCCCAGAGCUGGCUGUGGUCCAGGCCCGAUACCUGGGGCUGCUGGAGAAUGUUCGGGUGCGUAGGGCUGGCUAUGCCCAUCGCCAGGUCUAUAAGCCUUUCCUGGAAAGGUACCGAUUGCUGAGCCGCAGCACCUGGCCUCACUGGAAUGGGGGAGACCGGGAAGGUGUGGAGAAGGUCCUGGAGUCUGUGGCUGUGUCUUCAGAGGAGAUGGCCUAUGGGAAGACAAAGAUCUUUAUCAGAAGCCCCAAGACUCUUUUCUACCUGGAGGAACAAAGGCGCCGGAGGCUCCAGCAGCUGGCCACCCUCAUACAGAAGGUCUACCGCGGCUGGCGCUGUCGGACCUACUACCAGCAGAUGCGCAAGAGUCAGAUUCUCAUCUCCGCUUGGUUUCGGGGCAACAAGCAAAAGAGGCACUAUGAGAAGAUGAAGGUAUCAGCAAUGCUGAUCCAGGCUUUUGUGAGAGGCUGGAAGGCCCGCAAGAAUUAUCGAAAAUACUUCCGGUCAGGCGCUGCCCUAACCUUGUCAAAUUUUAUCUAUGCAAGCAUCGCACAGAAAUUUUUCCUGGAUCUGAAGAAGAAUUUACCAUCCACCAAAGUCUUGGACAACACAUGGCCAGCUGCCCCUUACAAGUGCUUCAAUUCAGCCAAUCAGGAGCUGCAACGCCUCUUCUACCAGUGGAAGUGCAAGAAGUUCCGAGAUCAGCUGUCCCCGAGGCAGGUGCAGAUGCUGAGGGAGAAGCUCUGUGCCAGUGAAUUGCUCAAGGGCAAGAAGGCUUCCUACCCCCAGAGUGUCCCGAUUCCAUUCCGCGGGGAUUACAUUGGGCUGCAGGGGAACCCCAAGCUGCAGAAACUGAAGGGCGGGGAGGAAGGGCCUAUCCUGCUGGCAGACACGGUGAAGAAAGUCAACCGUGGUAAUGGCAAGACUUCUGCCCGGAUUCUCCUCCUCACCAAGCGUCACGUGAUUCUCACAGAUGCCAAGAAGUCCCAGGCCCAAAUUGUCAUUGGGCUGGAGAACGUGACUGGGGUGACAGUCACCAGCCUCCAGGAUGGCCUCCUCGGCUUACACCUGAGUGAGAUGCCGUCGGCAGACUCCAAGGGGGACAUCCUGCUGAUCAGCGACCACGUGGUUGAACUGCUCACAAAGAUGUACCAAGCUGUGCUGGAUGCCACACAGAAGCAGCUCCCUGUCACUGUGACUGAGAAUUUCUCAGUGAAGUUCAAGGAGAGCAGUGUGGCUGUCAGGGUUACCCAGGGUCCCCAGGGGAAUGGGAACGGCAAGUUGGUUUGCAAGAAGAAGGGCAGUCGCUCCAUGGAGGUCACUGUGCGCACGUGAGGAGGCCAGGGCCUCCUGGGGAUGCAGCUUCUUCCUCUGGACCAGAACCUUUGUCUAGCUCUUCUGAUCUCGAGGUGGGGCUCAGAGCUGGGACCCUUGAAGACGGCCUUUCUGUUCCCUGGAC